AUGGCUUAUCUGGAAGAACUUGGUAUUGUGCACCGCGAUUUGGCAGCUCGGAAUGUGUUGGUAUUCGGAAAGGACAUAGUUAAAGUCGGCGACGUCAGCGCGUCACGUGUCUUGCGAAACGCAAGUUCCUGCUAUCACUCGAAGUUCGAUCUCCCUAUCGCUUGGUACGCUCCUGAAUGUAUCCAUGAUUCACAGUUCACCUCUGCCUCAGACGCCUGGGCGUACGGUGUCACUCUCUGGGAAAUGUUCACCUACGGUUUCACGCCUUGGGUCGGACUAUCUGGGCAUCAGAUCAUGGAAGCCGUUGAUUCCCCUCAGUGUGCUCGCCUGGACCAGCCGGAUGCAUGUCCUGAUGCCAUCUACGACGCGGUGAUGCGCACAUGUUGGUCUCAUGAACCUGAAGCCAGGCCAACAUUCAAUCAAUUGCUGGGUGUACUGCCCCGCUUAUACCCUGAACCUUGGAUCUCCACACGCGAGUACAAACCGAGCAUGGACGAACACAAUACCGAUGGUGGAUACAGGGAUUCGCACACACCUAACGACCAAUACGAAGAUACCACAGCUUCACAUCUGUUAAAUCGCCUACCACUUGGUAAACAAUUAUCCGUGCGAUCAAAGGAGGUGGUCUACGUGUUGGCAAAGCGCAAUGCACAUUUUUGGAGAGUUGUUACACAUGAAACGCACCGAAUUGGCUGUCUACCGACCUCUAUCCUCACCCCCUACACUCGUGGCGAAUCCUGCUCAAGGGGUGUUCCAGCUACACCCUCAGCUUCGGUGGAAUCGCCUGCUGUGUCGAAAACCUUAUCACGAAAUCCUCGACGAGAAACUGUCUGCCGUCUUGCUCGUCUCGGAUCUUCCGUUGUUAAUGGGAGUAGCAAUGAACCCCGUCUAACCUCGGAGGAAAUCAGCCUGCCCCGAAGUGACUUUCGUCAUGUCGGUCAUGUUGGACGGGAUGGGACCACAUUCGGCAACCUUGGCUUCGAAUCUCGCGAAAAGGAUGAUGGACUGUCCCCCAACGAACACGAUUCUCUAGGUAACGCUCAUCCAGAAAUUGAAGCAUCUAGCGCCGGGACUACUCUUGGGUCCACCACUUCGCCUGCUGUUUGUGAUAACUCACAAACCCACAAACGCGUCAUUCCUGCCUCUGCCAUGAGUGGGUGCAAGCCGGAUAGCGACAUGCGCUCAUCUGUCUUGUCUGUUGACACCAAUUCUAAUGGUUUUGAAGGAGGCGCCGAAAUGGAGAUCUCUAUUAUGAAUUUGAACUUCGGCACCUCUCUGUUGGACGAAGUGUUCAAAUGCUUCAGUUUAAAUCCAGUUGAUUCAUCAGACAAGGAAGCCCGUAAUGUGGAAUGUAGCUCCCCCACGGAACAGUGCCUUGAUGCCAGACGGUCAGAACCAACCAGUCAACUUCAACCAAAUAUAUCCUGUAAAAUGAACGAACCUCCUCCCACGAGCUCAGACGCAUCUGAGUCCUCAGCUUGCACACCGGCUCUGGAAAUGAACUCCUCAACCACGGGACCGCUUACCAACUUAAAUCAUCGGUUCCGCUCCAAGGUGCCAUCAUUCUCUCCAUCCUGUUCGGAUUUAUCCGUUACGUUUAGACAGCCUGAUCCAGACACGAUGCGUAAAUCACGGCCUAUGACGAGGGAGAGUCCGCUUGAUGCAUCGGAACUACAUACUUCACCUAGCCUCCGAACCCGCUGGAGGCGAAGUACUUUCAACAGUCUUACUCGGCGCAGCGCAUCUGUGUCCAAACUUACCACCACCCCAAACUUAUUCAGUACACUUGGCCGGAAAUGCUCGGAGCCACCCGAUGAUCUAAACCAAAACAAAAGGCUUACCAUCAGCCGACCGAUCCUAAUCAGCAAGCCGGUGUGUGUUGGCAAAACAUCGGACUUCACUAUUUCGAAUCACUUGAUGACAUCCUCCUCGAGUUCGACUGCUGGUCACAUAACAGAUCCAAACCCGUUCACUCGUGGCAAUUCUUUAACUACAAAUACUUCUCCGAUGAAUUACGGCUUACCAAAUCUCACAAGUUCUUCAGUGGACCGUGUGUUGUCCAAUUCAUCUGGUCCACCGAAUCCAAGGUCAGACAAUGUGGAGCAUUCCACUCAUCAUUUACUUUCAUCUGCUUCCAUUCCUUCUUCCAUCCAUCCCCUCACUCGAGCCUCCGAUCUCGUGACCGCUGAUUUCACCGAUUCCGUGGGAACUACAGGUCGCAGGCUCCGUACACUUCGUGCUGGGGAUGUGGUCUUUCGUGCGGGGACGAACACCAGCGCCGGGAACGUGGCUUUGAACUCUCUUCGAAAACCAACCGGUCCCUCUUUAUCCGGCCACGCUAAUGGAACCAGACCCAUCAUUUCUCGACCGCGUGAUUUGUCGCACUCGAGCAAUGCUAUCCGCUCUCCAGACUAUCUAAGCAACGACAAAGGGUCUACCAAUUUGCUCUCACGUCUCGAUGGCUUGUGCGUGAGUAACACGAGCCGAUUGACGACUGAUGGUGACGACACGACCACAAGAGAUUUGGGGGCCAAACCAAACAUGACUCGAAGACUCGGCCGAUGUUUAUCCAUCUCCUCAUCCUCGUCUUCAGCUUCCAUUGGUUUGAUUAAUCGUUCUCCUGGACUAUCACCACUGCAUACCGUUGGUCCCGGUUUUAUUUCUUGCACUACUCCUCGUUCAGAUUCUACCUCUAGAAAAUCGGGCUUGACUAACCAAAUGGCUUCUUUCUGGGGCUCCACAUUCGCGGAUUUGAUUAACUGUCCAUCCACCAUCUGCAGCGAUGUAGAAUUGAACGGUGACGUUCCCAUGAAGUUUGGCCUUAAGCACGACAGUUUCCUCGCACCACACAAUUGA